AUGAGUGAAACGAAUGAAGAUGUUGUGCAUUCAAUGGAACUAUUCAAUACAGAGGACUUGAUGCAAAGUGAUGAUAUAGCUAUUGAUAAGAAUACAAACGAUAUAGUGACAAAUUCUGAAGAUUAUGAAACACAAAUAAAUGAUGAAUUAAUUAAAGAAUCUGAAGACCAUGAGACUGAAAUUAAUCAGGAAACUGUAGAUUUAGAGACAGAAAUCGACCAUCCAGAGGUAGAAGAUGUAAUGGAAACAGAGGAAAAUGAGGAUUUAGAUGAAAUGGAAAAAGACACAACAGAGGAUGUCAGUAAGAAGAAAGCUGUAAAAUCCAACAAUCAAGACAGAAUUACAAACCUGCCAUUGGCAAAAAUCAAGCAUAUAAUUAAAUUAGAUCCAGAAGUAAAACUUGUUAAUGGCGAAGCAGUCUAUCUGAUAACGAAAACAACAGAAAUGUUUAUCAAAACGUUGGCAAAAGAAGCAUUUGGGUAUGCAGCACAGAACAAGAAGAAAACUAUCACAAAAAGUCACGUCGAUCAGGCAUUAUCAAUGCUUCCAGUCGAACUAUAA